GAGGGAGCGCUACUUUUUGGAUGUUGGGCAGAGUGCCGUGUUCAAAGGAUGCGCAGAGCUGGAUGUAAAAUCGGGAUGUCUAUGGAGCAUGGGAGCAAGGAUUACACCUGACUCGCCCACAGUCAAGCUGUCAACCAAGGGCAUGGGAGUGGCUGGUUUGGAGUUGCUGUCCAUUGCGCCGGAGGGUGGCAAGGCCUCCGAGGCCCCCACUUCAAGGUGUGAGUAUGUUUUGAACAGCUCCCAGGAAGGCACAUACGACAUUUGCAGGCUGUUUUCAGCUUCUGCGCCUCCAGUCCAUUUGUUUGCUGACAGCUGGUGCAAGGUUGCAGAGAUGACUCGUGAAGAUGCAGUAUCGUCAGAACGCCCGCCUGUGAUCCUGGUGCUAGGGCCGGCACACUCCGGCAAAUCCACUUUUGUUCAAUUUUUGAUCAACAACCUUUUGCAAGUGGUGCCUGAAGUUGGGUGCUUGGAUACCGACGUUGGGCAACCGGAAUUUACAACACCUGGUUUGGUGAGCAUCAAUCUUGUGAAGGAUCCCAUCCUGGGAACUCCAGAAACAUAUACGACCCAGGAGCAAGCCUAUUUCAUGGGAGCCAUCGAACCUGGCGUUAAUCCUCAGCUGUAUCUGUCAUCCAUUUCGCAACUCAACGAAUGGUGGCAAGAGCACCACUGUUCAAGGAAGGAUGCCCCACCGCUUGUGGUCAACACAUGUGGCUGGGUCACUGGCAUGGGGCUUGACUUGCUGACACAAAUCGUCACAGUGUUGCAGCCAUCGCAUGUUUUCCAGCUCAGUGAGCAGCCAGAUUCAGCCCAAUUGAUAGGCGAAGGGGUAUUGGAGGGUGGGCUGCAGCAACGGCCAGCCUGUGUUCCACCUGGCAAAGUUGUUUGCAUAGCAGCAGUGCAGCUAUGCAGACAGAACAGUGAGCUCUGUGAGAAGCAGUUGGGAAUGUGGCGAGAUGCUGUUAAAGAAUUUGGGGAGGAGAGUGCAAAAGGCGACUGGUGGGACCAGUUUUCCAUCCCAAGAAAGAACCCUGCUCGCCAGAGGGCGGACAAGUUCUUGUCAUGGGGCAUGCACUGCAUUGGUGGGCCGCCAGAAAGUCCUCAGGUGCAUGAACUGCCAUACCUAAGACGGAAAAUUAGGGGUCUUAUGCCCUGGGCGUGCUGCCUGGACGAUGUGGACGUCGUGUUUCUGCAUGGUGAAGUACCACAGACAGAACUGCACGGAGCCCUUAGGGGCAUGCUAGUGGGCUUGGCGACGAAACACGCUCGGUGCCAUGAGAACGGGGCCGACGAAGCUUCGUCCUCGACCGGCGCUACCAUUCCAAUUUCAUGCAUUGGGAUUGGCGCUGUGGUCCAUGUCGACAGCACGAAGGGAAGAUGCCUCCUCUUGACAGACUUACGGCAUGAGACGCUGGCUGAGGUGAACGUGAUUCAGGUCGGUAUGAUAGAAGCGCCUUCUUGGUUGGGGCAGAGCUGUUGA